CCGCAGCACCGGCAGGUUGUCGCAGCGCCAUACAGUUACUUCUUCCUGGAUAGGGAGGGGCGAUUCAGAGUUGCAGAAAAAUGCAUUGAUCGGAGGCUGUACGUCGGAGAACAAAUUGAAACUGCAAGUUUAAAAGAGCGAAUUGAUUUAACGGCUACUGCAAUGCCCUCGUAACACCGUUUGUUGCAGUUUAUAGAAUUGCAGAGACCGUCUUGCUAGACUUCGAGCCCUCGGAACGGACGGACGGACGGACCAGCGGUGGCAAAGCUCUCCGACGUGUCACCAUGGCUUCAGGCACGCCGAAAGACUGCAGCCUGGCCAAUUCAACGGAGAGCAAAAAACCGGAGCCCAGAGUCAACGAGAAGAAAUGCUCAUGGGCUUCCUACAUGACCAACUCGCCCACCAUGAUCGUAAUGAUUGGCCUGCCAGCGAGGGGGAAAACUUACAUGUCCAAGAAGCUGACGCGCUACCUCAACUGGAUAGGAGUGCCUACCAAGGUGUUCAACCUGGGUGUGUACCGGCGGGAGGCUGUCAAAGCGUACAAGUCCUACGACUUCUUCAGGCACGACAACAAGGAGGCCAUGAAGAUAAGGAAGCAGUGCGCUUUGGUAGCUCUGCAGGAUGUCAAGGCCUACCUGAAAGAGGAGGGGGGACAGAUUGCUGUAUUUGAUGCCACAAACACCACCAGAGAGAGAAGAGACCUCAUCCUGAGUUUUGCAAUGGAGAAUGCAUUCAAGGUGUUUUUUGUGGAGUCAGUGUGUGACGACCCAGAGGUCAUUGCUGCUAAUAUUCUGGAAGUGAAGGUUUCCAGUCCAGAUUAUCCAGAGAGAAACAGGGAGCGUGUGAUGGAUGACUUCCUGAAAAGAAUCGAAUGCUACAAAGUUACAUACCAACCACUAGAUCCCGAUGAAUAUGACAAGGACAUGUCCUUCAUCAAGGUGAUCAACGUGGGCCAGCGCUUCCUGGUGAACCGCGUGCAGGACUACAUCCAGAGCAAGAUCGUCUACUACCUCAUGAACAUCCACGUGCACUCCCACUCCAUCUACCUGUGCCGCCACGGCGAGAGUGAUCACAACGUGCAGGGCCGCAUCGGGGGCGACGCCGAGCUCUCCGCCCGGGGCAAGCAGUUUUCGCAGGCGUUGCAGGGUUUUAUUGAGGACCAGCGCCUGCCCGACUUGAAAGUGUGGACCAGCCAGCUGAGGAGGACCAUCCAGACAGCCGAGGAGCUGGGCGUGCCCUACGAGCAGUGGAAGAUCCUCAACGAGAUUGAUGCUGGUGUGUGUGAGGAGAUGACCUAUGAGAUGAUCCAGGAUUCAUACCCAGAAGAGUUUGCUCUGAGGGAUCAGGACAAGUACCACUACCGCUACCCUGGAGGAGAGUCCUACCAAGACCUGGUGCAGCGGCUGGAGCCUGUCAUUAUGGAGCUAGAGAGGCAAGGCAAUGUGCUGGUCAUCUGCCACCAGGCCGUCAUGCGCUGCCUACUAGCCUACUUCCUGGACAAGAGUGCAGAUGACCUUCCGUACCUGAAGUGCCCUCUGCACACGGUUCUCAAGCUCACCCCAGUGGCUUACGGUUGCAAUGUGGAGACAUUCGACCUUAAGGUUGAGGCAGUGAACACACAUCGAGACAGGCCUGUGAAAACAUCUGUGGGCCGAACUCGGGAGGAAGCCCUGGAAACGGUGCCAGAGAUCCCGAAGUAAGAAGGGUGUUUCAAGGCGCUCUAACAGGACAGGGUGCCUGCCUGAGCACAGGCCAAGAGACCUGGAAGGGUGGAGAGAGGGGUCACCACUCUCGUCACAAAUGCCUUCGUUUUGGGUCUGAGAAUUCUGGUUCAGACUUGUCUGUUGUAAAAGAAGUGGUUUGUUUUUCCUUCACACUAGAAUUAACUGCCACAUAGUGUGCCACCUAAUUUUCCCCUCAGUUUUUUUAUCCUUAUUUUCAAGUACAGUCCCUGGAAGGGAGAUUUAAAGUGUUGCGUUGUGUCUUUCCCACAAAGUGGAAAAGGCACACCUCUGGUAAUGGUUGCCGGGACGUGGUAAAUGGAAUAGUACAGCUGUCAUGGUGCAAUAUCUGUGUUGUUGACAACAGGGCUGUAAUCCCCAGCCCUUUCAUCUGCAUAGCAGCCUAUAGUCAUUCAAAGAACUCAUCUACAAGUGCCACCCACGUCUACAUCAGCCAUUUCCUCUCUCUAUAGAAAACCAAAGCUGACAUAGCAAUCUGAAAUGCAAUCAUGUGAGUUAUGCCGUAUCAUUACUUACAGAGAAAGUGUUUUUGCAAUGCUGGCUGUAAUUGCCCCAAUCAUGUGGCCACUGGUAGCUUGCCAGUUUCGAUCACAAUUUAA